AUGUCGACCUUACCGCCUUCGUCGCGGACGGCCUCUAACUCUUCGGCUGGGCCCUGUCCUCAAUUUCCAGCUCCUAGGUCACGGAAAAGCCUUCCUGUUGCAUCUGACACGUCAAGGGCGCCGUCCCCAUCCCAAACGGCCCUCAAGACGCGCACCCCUUCUAGCCCUAGAGCAAGUCUAGGACGACACCUCCUGUCUAACUCGAUGACCAAUACUAGCACAUCGCGGACCGUGGCCGGUAGCCGGGUUCCGAGUAGCCCCGAUAAAUCGCUGCGACGAACCAUCAGCAUUGCAGCGUUUCCUCAGCCACCUAGGUCAGGAAGCCGCCCUUCUACUGCAUCUUCAAUAUCGGGAAUACAGGGCGUCGUCCAUCCAUCUGGGAGUGUAAAGGGCAGGAAAAGCUCGAGACUAAGUACUGGAACCACCAGUAGUUACCGGAGUUCUAAAACCGCAUCGUUGCUGAGUGGCGCUGGGGAUGCGAAAUCCAUUUCGACUACUGAAGCUCGAGAUGCGGAAGGCUCCCCUUCACAAAGCAGGAGCUCAUCUGCGCAAGGAUCUUACUCAACUAGUGCAACUACGUUUGAAGAUGCCGAUGAAGGCGUACCAAAGUCAAACUCGAGGCCGAAAGAGACAAAGGGAAAUGUCAUCGUGAGCGUCCGAGUACGCCCUGAUGUGAAUGGUGCCGAAACCGCAAAGACCCCUGAAUGGUCAGUAGAUGGGAGGCACGGCCUCAUCUCUUAUAACGGAAAGGAGGGCGGCGAUUAUUCGUUUGAUAAUGUGUUCUCACCUCAUGAACAUAACGCGAAGAUUUACGACUCUGCAGCGAAACGUCUAGUGAGGCGGGUAAUGGAAGGAUAUCAUGGUACAGUCUUCGCUUACGGCAUGACUGGUACUGGCAAGACGUUUUCCAUGCAAGGAACUGCAACCUCCCCGGGAGUGAUACCGUUGGCAAUAACAGACAUAUUCUCCUUCAUUAGGGAAACACCACAUCGAGAGUUCUUGUUGCGUGUCAGCUAUCUGGAGAUAUACAACGAGAAAAUUCACGAUCUGCUGUCAGCCUCGGUAUCUGGCGGAACCGCUGCCCCUCAACAGGAGGAAAUCAAGCUCCGUGAAGACAGCAAACGUGGUGUAUAUGCCACGCCACUGAAAGAAGAGAUUGUUCAAAGCCCUACACAGCUUCUCCGUGUGAUCGCGAGGGGCGACCAUGCUAGGCGGACCGGUAGCACGCAGUUUAACGCUCGCAGCUCUCGAAGUCACGCGGUUGUUCAAAUUGUUGUCGAGAGCAGGGAACGAGUGCCUGCCGGAGCUUCUCAAGAUAGACGGUCAGGCUUGGUACCAGGUGGAGUCCGAGUGUCAACGCUGAGUCUAAUCGAUCUUGCUGGUUCAGAGCGCGCUGCUGAGGACAAGGAACGGCGUACGGAAGGCGCCCAUAUUAACAAAAGCUUGCUUACUUUGGGAACUAUUAUCUCUAAACUAUCGGAAGCAAGAGAUAAGACCGGCAACCCAACUGAUAAAGAGGGGAAGCACCUUCCAUAUCGGGACAGCAAACUCACGAGAUUACUGCAGCCUGCUUUGUCAGGGAACUCACUGGUCAGUAUUCUUUGCACGGUUCAGCUAGGAGGGACAGCCAAGUCUCAUUCCGGCGAAACGCUCAACACCUUGAAGUUCGCAGCUCGAGCCAAGAACAGCAUUGUCAGCCAUGCUAAACGCGCGGAGGAAGCAUUUGGUAGUGGUGGUGGUGAUGCUGGAAGCAGAGUUCUCCUGGAGCGGUACCGUAUGGAGAUUCAGACGCUCCGUAACCAGUUAGAGAGUCAGACCAAGGCCCAAGCUGAGAAGGAGCUGAAGCUGGAAGAGCAGCAGCUCGAAAAAGAAGCACAUGCACGCCACGAAGAGCAAAUGCUUGAAAUGCAACUGGCUCGGACAGCAUUAAAGGAAAGGAUCGAGCAUUUGAAUCGUUUGAUUCUAUGUUCAAAGUCUACUGGUGUAAAUACCUAUGGAAGCAUAUCCGCUCUUGGUCGCCUUUCAAGGAUGUCGGCUACCGAAACUGGAUCUCGAUCCUUGCGUUCGUCACUCAGCCAGUCUACAUUAGGCGCAUACGGGCACUCGUCGCUCCGACCAGUCUCCUUUCUUUCUACUAACAGCAGUGAUUACCCCGGUAAUCAACCGUUCUCAAAUGUUCAUCUUGGGAAUGAAGAGGAGGAUGAUUUUAUUGGCGAAUUUGCGGAUGGAAAAGCAAGCGCCCAAAGACAAAUCGCAGCCCUUCAGGCCGACCUUAACGACAAGAAUCGCUAUAUCUCUACUCUAGAGCGGCGGCUUCUGCAAGCACGACGGUCCAGUCAUUCCCGCAUGUCCAUAGGUGUGAAGGCUGGGGGCACUACUUCCGACGCCCCUGAUGUACUAGCUCUUUUACGGGAGAAAGACAUGGAGAUCAAUGAGCUUCGUCUACAACUAGACGAUAAGGACCGGAUGCUUGCUGCCCUUCGUUCUGCUGCUCGACACCGAGAUCUUGCCCAUUCAGCAGCCGACUCCUUCGUGUCAGACACAAAAGAAAGACCCGGGCGUCAGGAACAUCAACCCGAUGGCGAUGACUCAGCGGCUUAUGACUCGGCCGUUGGUCUCUGUUCACCACUCAAAGAGGAAGAAACGGAAGAAAAGAGGCGUGGCAUGGACGAUGUGUCACGCAUUUUGGACGAGAUGCUACAGGACCACCUUGAGAGUGGGCACCUCAUCAAGGGCUCUCGUGGGAGUGUUCGCGUUGCCGCAGAAAGUCGGCGGGCAUCUGAAUCCAUGACCGGUUUGCCAGGGUUGAGCACGGGCACUACGGAUUUGGCAAGCUCUGGCUGA